UGUAUAUAUAUAUAUCUACUAAUCUCACAUUCAUAAUCGCAAUAACUUGACUUUUUUAUCUCUCCACUAGACCUAAAACUCAAUGGGGUUGUUCGAAAACACAUUGUUCCUCAUUUGUUUCAUGAUAUUAGCCAUAUUUCACUCUUGUGACGCCCAAAAUUCACCCCAAGACUAUCUUGCGGUUCACAACAAUGCUCGUGCUCAAGUCGGGGUUGGGCCUAUGUCUUGGGAUGACGCCUUGGCAACCAAAGCACAAAAGUACGCCGACUCAAGAAGGGGUGAUUGCAACUUGAUUCAUUCUGGUUCAGGGGAGAACCUUGCCAAGGGUAGUGGCGACUUCACAGGGAGGAGUGCCUCAGAAUUGUGGGUGGCGGAGAAGCCAAACUACAACUAUGAUACCAACAAAUGUGCUAGUGGGAAAGUGUGCGGACACUAUACUCAAGUAGUAUGGCGUACCUCAGUUCGACUAGGUUGUGGUCGGGCUCGUUGCAACAACGGAUGGUGGUUCAUUUGUUGCAACUAUGUUCCUUCAGGAAACAUCGUCGGACGACGUCCUUACUAAAAGUAUGUUUACUUAUGACAUGUUGUAUGUAUUAUUAGUUAAUAAAAUUCCCCACCUUAUAUGUCAAGGGGUUUAAGGGAUUAAAUGGACUUGCAUAAU